CACAACACAGAUCGUCUCGUCUCGUGGCGCCUGAGCCUCAGCUCGAUCGAUCCAUCCAUGGCCUCGGACCAGACCCUCCCACUACCUCCACUCCCCGCCCCGUCCAACCCCAACCAGAUCCACACCCCGACCGCACCGCUCCCGGGAGACGACUCGACACCGCCCCCGCCCCCCACCGCCUCCUCCGCCGCGCGGAAGCUCCCCAUCAAGCGCCGCUCCCCGCCGCGCCCCUCCGCCUCGCCGACCUCCUCCGGCGCCAACCCCGCCUCCCCCAACCCCGCCUUCAAGUUCCAGCGCAUCUGGUCCGAGACCGACGAGCUGCGCUUCCUGCAGGGCCUGCUCGGCUGCGGCCCGCAGGGCCAGGGCCUCGCCUUCCCGCGCGACCUCAACGUCUUCUACGACCAGUUCUCCGAGUCCAUGCCGCAGCCCUACACGCGCUCCCAGCUCUCCGAGAAGCUGCGCCGCCUCAAGAACAAGCACCGCGCCGUCGCCGCCCGCGUCGCCAAGGGCCUCGACCCCGCCCGACUCGCGCCGCACGACCGCGACGUGCUCCACCUCUGCUCCCGCCUCUGGGACCCCGCCUACGCCGCCAACUCACCCUUCGCGGGACCCGACAGCGCCAACAAGCGCCGACGCGCCAACCCCAACCCCCAGGGAGGAGGAGCGCCGCUCGACCUCCUCCCGGCCCCCUCCGGGGAUAGUAGCUACAACGGGGGGAUUACCUCCUCCGCCGCCGCUCCCGGCGCCUUCCCGGAUGAGAUGUACCUCGAGCAGGAGAGCGGCCACAACAACCUGUAUUUUGACCACCAAGGUGUUCCUCUUGCAGCUGACCCCAGCCUAGAUGGGGUUGCCAUGUCUCAACCCGGCGAGACCGUCCCUGCUUUCACUGCAAACAAUGAAGCCGUUCCUGCUUUCACCAACAUCGCAGCCAACGGAGCCGUUGCUGCUUUCACCAACACUCCAGACAAUGGAGCUGCAACUGAAGUCCCAACUAUUUUUGGGAACAACCACAACCACAACAACAUGGUUGCGGACAACGGAAACUGCAAGGUAAUGCCGCCACGCAGCAACGACCACCGCGUGGCGAGCGCCGUGCUGGAUAUCUUCGAGGAGUGUAUGAGGGAGGCCAAGGCCGAAGGAACCACCUGUGAAGCUGAGGAAAGCGAACUUGCCAAGCGGUGGAGGCAGCAGAGGAUCGAUGAGCUUGAUGUGCUGAGCCGAAGGCUCAGGUUGAUCAUUGAGGAUGGUACUACUGCAGCAGGGCACUGAAGUGGGUGAGAUCUCUCUAUUUUAGCGACAUGCUUCCACCCUUUGCCGCUAUGUAUAGAAAUGAUGCCUUAUUGUGCUAUGCUUGUGUAGCUCAUUGCUCAGCUUGAGCCCUGCUUUGGUCAGUCUAUCUUGAUUUAUGCCUAUGUAACGUCACUACGGAUAUUGUUGUUUCGUUCAAUAAUUUGAUCAUCCUGUCA